CACAGUCACAGCCACUCAGCGCUGCCAGGAAGCUGUUCAGAGGCGAGAUUCAGACAGGAUCCCCGCUUCCACUCUGCAGUCUACUUGUUGAUUCACUCCAGAAGUGCUGCGAGAGGCAGACAGAGUCUUCUUGGCGCUGUUAUUUUUUUACUUUUAUUAUCGUUGUUAUUUAUUUAUUUUUUUUGUAUUGGCAUUGUGUUUUCCAUCAUGUCUGAGCGCGGCUGAUGAUGCAUCUCUCGACUCCAGGCAGAGCGAAGGAGAGUGUGGCAGGCUUAACAAGUUGUAGCGCUCCUACAAACGAAACGAUGCUGAUUUCGCUUCAUGAGGUGAAUCGUCACAUAAAGAAGACGCCACAAGAAACGAAGCGGGGUCCUGAUGCGGUCAUCUCCAGGAUCAUGUCUCCUUAAUCUCCCAGACUGCGUCUUCCAGGCUCUCCAAGUGUCCAACUGAGCUGAGCGAAGAUGAUCAAAACCGGCUCCCGGUUGACCACCACGCUGCCUCCGGACACCAUAGACAUCAUCCGGACCAAGACACACUCCCGCCGGGUGAGACUCAAUGUCGGGGGACUUCUCCACGAAGUCCUCUGGAGGACCCUGGAUAGGCUGCCCCGCACACGGCUUGGCAAGCUGCGGGACUGCAACACGCACGAGUCCCUCAUGGAGAUAUGUGACGACUACAGCCUGGACAACAGCGAGUAUUUUUUCGACCGGCACCCUGGCGCCUUCACCUCCAUCCUGAACUUCUACCGCACCGGGAAGCUGCACAUGAUGGAGGAGAUGUGCGCCCUCUCCUUCAGCCAGGAGCUGGACUUUUGGGGCAUCGACGAGAUCUACCUGGAGUCCUGCUGCCAGGCCCGGUAUCACCAGAAGAAGGAGCAGAUGAACGAGGAGCUGAAGAGGGAGGCCGAGAACAUGAGGGAGCGGGACGGAGAGGAGUUCACCACCACAUGCUGCUCCGAGAAGAGGAAGAAGCUCUGGGACCUGUUGGAGAAGCCCAGCUCAUCGUUUGCUGCUAAGAUCCUUGCAAUCAUCUCCAUCCUCUUCAUUGUGCUGUCCACCAUUGCCUUGUCUCUGAACACCCUCCCAGAGCUGCAGGACACCGACGAGUUUGGCCAGCCCACGGACAACCCACAGCUAGCUCAUGUGGAAGCUGUUUGUAUUGCCUGGUUCACCAUGGAGUACCUGCUCCGCUUCCUCUCCUCUCCAAACAAAUGGAAGUUCUUCAAAGGUCCCCUCAACAUCAUCGACCUGCUGGCCAUCCUGCCCUAUUACGUCACCAUCUUCCUGACAGAGUCCAACAAGAGCGUGCUGCAGUUCCAAAACGUUCGCCGUGUGGUUCAGAUAUUCCGGAUCAUGCGGAUCUUGCGAAUCCUGAAGCUGGCCCGUCACUCCACAGGCCUUCAGUCUUUGGGCUUCACUCUCAGGAGGAGCUACAAUGAGCUCGGCCUGCUUAUCCUCUUUCUUGCCAUGGGCAUCAUGAUCUUCUCAAGUCUGGUGUUCUUUGCUGAGAAGGAUGAAGAGGACACCAAGUUUAAAAGCAUCCCUGCCUCCUUCUGGUGGGCUACCAUCACUAUGACCACAGUAGGUUAUGGAGACAUUUACCCAAAAACCCUGCUGGGAAAGAUAGUUGGAGGUUUGUGUUGCAUUGCAGGGGUCUUGGUGAUAGCCUUACCCAUUCCUAUUAUUGUAAAUAACUUCUCUGAGUUUUACAAAGAGCAGAAGAGGCAGGAGAAAGCCAUCAAAAGGAGAGAGGCUCUGGAGAGGGCUAAGAGAAAUGGUAGCAUUGUCUCGAUGAACAUUAAGGAUGCCUUUGGCCGUAGCGUGGAACUCAUGGAUGUCAUGGUGGAAAAAACUGAUGAGAGGAAGGAGAAGCUCCAUGACAAUCACGUGUCACCACACAGAGGAACACCCAGGAUCAAGUCACCGCUGAACCCCAGUAGUCCCAGUAAGACUAUUGAGUCCAGCUUCCAAGAAAAGGCAAAACCAGCCAGCAGUCCUCAGCAUCUCAGCGCACAGAAACUUGAGGAAGCAUACAACAACAUGACAAAAGCACAGUCACAACCAAACGUCAACAGCAAGGAAAAAGCGUCACAUUCGAAGUCAGCCAGGCAGAAAGCUGAAUUUGAGAUGGGAAGCAUCCUCCCUGAGGCCGUGUCAGGCACAGCGGAGGGCGUGACAGACAUGAAGAGUAUUUCCAGCAUCGAUAGCUUCAUCAGCUGCGUACCUGACUUUCCUGAGAGCUCCAGAUUUUCGCACAGCUCUGGGAGCAACAUGCCUGGAAGGGUCAGUACUAACCCCAGCCUGGAGCCCACCCUGGAGAAUGAGCAUGAGGGAUUGCAUGGCGCCACCAGCCCCAAGUCAGGCAAAAGCACCAAGCUCAACAACGACAACCCAAGAGCUCUGUCAUUAAACAACCCAAUAAAGGGGCGUUCACUUAAAGUUAGAGUCAGAGGCGGGGAGGACUUAGGGAAAGGAGGUCUCUCUGACAGCUCAUCGAUCCAAAGCCCAGAAACAUCUGUCUACACCACUGCCAGCAGCAGGACGCCCAGCAAGAGCCCCGAGAACUUACGGCCGAGCAUCUUCACAUUCCACGACUCGUCUGUCAGUAAGUUCAUUGACGCCGACACGGACGAGGAGGAACACCUGCACGACAGUUCGGCAGCCAACGUGACCCAAAGACUUUUGGAGAGAACCAGCCCCAGGUAUGCUCAGCUUCAACAGGGUCCCAACCACAUGGAGGGCCUCUCCAAGAAGCUGGGGAACAGCACCCUGCCGCUGGAAGGACAGGAAAACCACAUUUCACCAGAGCUGCGGCCGCUUCAGGGGGAGAAGCGUCAGUAUAACUCUUAGAGUCGAUUAAAAGGAAUGGCUUGCACAGAGAAUACAAAGAAGAUGAAAAUAUAAGGGACUGCUAAUGAAGAGCUCAGAGACUUGUCUGGGAACAAUUUGCAGGAGAACUGAAAGAAAAAAGGCUUUUCCUACAAAAUUACAACACCUGUGGAUCACUGGAAAUAGUGUUGUUAUCUUCUCUAAAACGUUCCAGAUGAAAACAUUCAAACGCCCUCAGAGUGGAAGAAAAGAAGGGAUUUUUUGCUAUUUAUACAAGCCCAGAUUAUAAUGCCAUCAUUAGACUAGCUGCAGGAGUGUAGUCUAAAAUUUUAUAACCUGUUUUCUGAGAGCCCUGGAUAAAAUGCUAAAGUCACUGCAGCUAAAGCUGUCAAAUCAUCGUGAAACAUAAAGGGCAUCAAAACAAGGCACAAUAAGAGGAGAUAUUUUAAAAUCCUCAAUUGCAGUAUGAAAGGAAGACAUACAUCUUCUCUCCCUACAGUGUAUAUUUAUAUACAUUGUAUGUUUCAAAGGCGGAGGGUUGAGAACAUGUUCUUGCUUCCUACAACUUCCUUUAAAACUGGCCUUAGUUCAUGUUGUCCUGUGUUUUACGUUUUGAUGUUGAGGAGGAAAGCCUGAGUCAGGCUAUAAGAUAGCACAUAAGUAUGUGUGUGCGUGUGUGUGCAAUAACUACCUUUCAUUUAUAUUUAUUAUGUAGCAAUAGUCGUCUUUCAUCUUAUGUCAAAUCUUCAGCAGAAUGAAGUGUUUCGGUCUGUUUCUUUCAAACAGCUCAGUGUCUCUCCUGGGUUGGCAUUUUUACUGCACAGAUUACACAUAAGCUGUGAGGUCACAUCCAUCCUCGUCAAUCAUUGGUGGCAAAAGGGAAAAUAUCAUUUUGGAAAUGUUGCACCCUUGUUUUUCUUGUUAUAAUCAGUGGCAGUUUAGGAUAUGGGAAAUAUGGCUUCCCGAAUGAUGCAUCUCAAAGGGGCGCCACAGAGCAGAAAAUAAAAAGUUAUUUGUCGGUGGUGAAAACAGAUUUUAUUUGGCUCAUUUGGGCACCGGUGGCUCCCUGUGGUGUGCAGGGUGCAAGCAUUGUAAGAAAAUAUUGUUGUACAUUAUUAUGAUGCUAAAGUUGGUGUCUGAGUCUUAGCUCAAAACUCUGGACCGCCUUGGACCAUCUCCGGUGUAAAUUAUUAGAAUAUUUACCCUUAUGUGGAUCAUUCUUCACUGAACAAAUUUCUAAACAUAUAAUUUCAGAUUUAUGAUGCACUUAUAGCUACUAUUUUGUUUUUGUAAAAAAAAAAAAAAGGAAAAAAAAACAUGAAAGCUACUUUUAAUGCUUUUUAGAAUUAGGAUCACAUUAAGCUAAAAUAAGCAUAAAAAUCAAAAGAUAAAAUCUUGUCAAACAUGUAGCAGCUUAUGUUAAAUUGAUUCCAGAUGCUCCGUUUUUACCAUAUGGUGACCUGAUUUUACCUUGAUUUUUACCAAGAUUUUGCCUUGGUGACCUGAUGCAUUUCUUCCUGAAUGGGACUCAGAGGAAUGGGUGUGUGGUUGGCUGUCAGUAGGGAGGCAGAAGGAGCAGCUCCCCAAGAACUGCCACUGAUUAUAACCUGAUUAUAACACUGAUUAUAACCUUUAUUCUAAAUGUCUGAGUGUGUCCUCAAGUUUGGGUUACAUUUGUCCAUCAAAGUCUUUUUUAAUUUAAGCUUCAAGCAGUUGUAGCGGAUGAGGUGAACUUUGCAUUGAGCGACAGGAGACAACAGAGAAAAAAAAUCUGUUUUGUAUGAGUGUAAAUAUUGUACGUGCAUCCGUGCAAAGCCAGACUCUACAACGACAUUACGCAUCACCUGUACAAAAUUUUAAAAAGUAAUUUAUAUUUUUAAGAUAUUUUCUAAAACAACUGACAUGUUGUGGUAACCUCAUAGUUAUGCAUUUGAAAGCGCUGUAUGUGCUCUAUUUCUUUGAAGGAGUUGCUUCUCUUAGACAACAUUCUGCAGCAGAAAGAUUUAUAUUUGCUACCGUCUCUCUGUACAUGCUUGUUGCAGUCUUUCUGUACAAUGUAAAGAACCAAAGAAUUGUUCUUUCUGGUGACAUAUACAGACGGUUGUGCAUCCUGAUGUUUUAUCUCAAAAUGUUGGAGCAUUCCUUUUAAAAACCACAUAAUAGGAGUCAUUUCAGGGAGCCGUAUUUGCUCAUGCAGGGCAAACACAUAAGCAGGAGGAUAUUCUGGAGUUCUAACAAAACAGCUUUGAAAGAUAAGUUUCAUUUUAUGUUUCUUGGCAGAUUAAUCACUUUCACAAGUUAAAGUGAUCUGUAUUGCCUGCACUUAGACACCAAAUGUUCUGCAUUUUGCUCUUUUAUUAAUGCACCCGAUGACACCAAACUUGGUGCUCUCACACUAACUUAAUUUAAAACAUAUAAACUUUAUGAUAUAUGUCUUGCAAGCAUGAAUUAAAGGAACUUUUUGCAGGAAACAUAUAUUAUAGUGGACCUAUUUAAUGUAGAUGGUUUUCAUUAGAGAUACAAGUGCCAGCCGCGUUCAUUGGAAAACCUGGUAAAGAUGUGUGAAAGCCUUUAACAUUCAGCUAAUAUUGCAGUAGCAUAUUAUCAUGCUAAUAAAAGCAACUUUAAUUUGAGGGCAUUUAUUCAGUACAGAAAAACAUCAUCUACUUUAAAACCCUCUUUUUCACUUUUUCUAUUUCUGUAAUAUUUGAACAUUUGGGAGAAUUUGCAGAGUAUUUUUUAAAACAUCCAUCCAAGUCCUCUAGCCUCCCUUAUGCUCUCUGGAAUGUUUUUUUUUUUUUCUAUUUGUUUAACUAUUUUGUGCUAAUCUAAUCACAUGUUUUGACUCACUAUCAUGCUGAAAGAGCCAGUUGCAACCUAUUUUCAGUUUUUCUGGCAGAGAAAAUCACCCUGGUAUCACAGAACCACUGAAACAGCAGAUCUGAAGUGAUUUAGAUUCAGAUUUUGCAGUGGUGAAAGGUUUUAAUGUGUGUGCAGGACAACAGCAGCUGCAGAAAAGAGGAAGUGAACCUGCCGCAGAGGCCAUGUGGGGGAUGGCUCCCAUAAAUGCUCUAACUUUAACACUGACUAUUGAUCUAAAAUUCUUAUAAUGUUACAUUUUUAGCAAAGAAAAACUAUAUCUAAUCAUGAUCUGAUACGAGGUUUGUUAUUUUCUUUGUGUUUGAGCUUAGUUUCUUCAUAAAUACAUCUCUGCAAAUAAUAACCAAUUAUUCCUGUUGCUUUAAAGUUCACCAAAUGAAACUUGACCUCCUCUCCCAGAUUCUUCUACACUUUUAUUGCAAUGCCGGUAGCAGUGGUGAUGUUCUUAACACAAAGAGGGCCGCCAAAUCAAAUUCUGCUUUAUGACCUGUACAACCAGCCAUGGUUCAAUUUUUCCAAAAUUGUCAGUGUGAGAUUUUGCUGCAGGGAAAAAAAUAUGAAUUUAUUCUCAGACUUUUUUCACAUCUUCACCAGGAGUGCCAACAAAUCUGUCUGGCACUGUAGUAUGAGUUAGAUAUUUCUGUGCCUUUGCUUUUAAUAAAACCCUGCAUUCUGAAUCUGCCCUAAUGGAGUCUGAAUAACGAGCAAAUAAACACAAAAAGGAGAGAGUACUCAUCCUGUGGAGCUUUUAUGCUUGUUUCUGUUUUUAAACUCUAAUGUCUCUCUCAUGCACCAAACAUUUGGAUGGAAAAAGUCCAGAAACACAAGCAGGUGCAGACUCACUCUCAGCAGACUGAACGGUUUCCAUGGUGAGGGGCUGAGAUGACUGGAUGGCUCACAUUUGAUGCACGCAUGUAGCCUAAUUUACAGAGGAUGGUUACAGACUUUCUCUUAAUCAGUUCCUUUAUUCAUCUCAGUUCAGGGAUUUUCAGUUCAGGGGAAAAAGAAGAAAACUGGAUUGUGGGUCUUUCAGUCAAACUGCCAGAUCAUCGCUUUAUGUCACUCGGUUGCUUUCGCAGAGACACGCACCCAUCUCUGCAAAUCACAAAAGAGCAGACGGAGCGUGGCCACAUGGACCUGGGUGUGAGCCGCUGUUUCAGGGAUGUUGAUGAAGACUUCAGCCACCUUGUUCCUGAAGGGAGGGAGGAAGUGAGUGUGAAAUGUGAACAGAGUGGGAACAAGGAGUGUGCGACAGACGGACUGUGCUUCAGAGUUAUCAGCUUGAUUUAAACUGACAUCCUGAAUGAUGGCUGGAGCACUCUGCUUCCCAAAGUCAUGGGUAACUUCUGCUUUGAAAAAGACAAAAAGGACUCGCCAUAGCUUUUCACCUUUUGUCUCAUGACAAACACAAACAAUGUAUUUUACUGGGAUUCUAUGCGAAUCUUAAAGCGCAUAAGUGUGAAGUGGACAGCAGGUUAUGCAUUUUUAAAGUUUUUGCCUGUGUUUAGCUUCCAUCUUUACUCCCUAAAUAAAAUACAAUGCAACAAAUAACCUACACAUUCACCUAAUCAGUAAAUUGAGUCCACCUGUGUGUAAUGUAAUCCUAGUAUAAACUACAUAUGUUAUGUGAAGGCCUCAGAGGUUUGUUAGAAAAAAAAAUGUGAACAAACAGCAUAAUGAUGACCCCAAAAAAUGAUGGUGAAAUAGUUUAAACCAAGAUUAAGUUAAAGCAAUAUCCUGAGCUUUGAACGUCACACAGACCUCUGUUAAAUCCAGAUGUAUGGAGACAUGGCCUUCCACCUGAACUGACAGAAUUACAUAAAGAGCCAAGCGGACCAUGGGAACUCGGAUCAAAGUCUUGAUGGAAUUAAACCAUAAAAAGUUCCAUUUAAAAUUUCACCUAUGUUGACGCCACAGGAAACAUCUGGAAGAAGGUGUUCUGGUCGAAUAAUCCAAAAAUCAAACAGAGCAGUAUUUGUUCCAGAGGACUAACGUUGCACAUCACAUCUGCAGAAAAACCUGUUGAAGGAAGUAAAAGAUUUAACAAUGAGAUGGAGGUUCACCUUCUAGCACAAAAAUGUCCAGCCAGAGAUAAAGUAUGAUUGUUUAUAUCAAAUUAUUCAUGUGUUAGAGUAGCCCAGUUCUGUCAAAUUGAAAUGAGAAUCUGAAAACUGAUCUUCACAGAUGUUCUCCAUCCAGUUUUCAUCAGGCUUCAGCUUGCGGCUUUAAUUGCAGUGAAAUGGUUCUUCUAAAAGCAUCUAAAGCAUUUUUUUAAUCCAUAUAUCAUUUUCCCUCCACUUCACAAGUAUGCACCAUUUUGUGUGGAAUAUGUUUGUGGCUGUAAUAUGAUAAAUUGUGUAAGAGUUUUAAGAGUUGUGAAUUCUUUAAAAUUGCAAGGUGCACUAACUUUUACCGAGCGCUGCUUGUGCUUGACAACGAUGCAAUCUUAAAAACAAAAUGAGCUCCAUCAGAGCCAGGUCCCGAGCAAGGCUCUCAUGGGUUUGUGUGCGAGUCCUAGUUCUGUUUUGUUUUGUUUUCCCAUCAUGAUGGUGCAAAGACAGGCUGCAGCAUCCUUUUGAGCAUGAGUUCGCAUCUCUAAUUCUAUAAAUAUCCCCCUGUCUACGCACAGGGUUUGGUCCUUCAGGAAGGGCUUGGUUACAGCAGCGUUGUCAUGCAUUUCAGAAGAACACAUUUUGUAACAAAAUACUCCAGAAAAGGAUGGAUAAAAAAAAACAGUGGAGCUUACUGGGAACUGCGGAGUCACUGGUGUGAGUGGACUUUUUUCUUUUUUUUUUGUCAGUCCAGCCUUUAGCGAUGCAUGGUAAUGGAAUAAAAAUGUCAAACUGACAAAUGGUUGUAUGACCUACUCUACAAGAGGUGUUGGAGACAAAAGAGAGAAGUAGAUAGAAAACGGGGAGGGUGUGCAACAUGCUGAAGGAUCAGGAUUCAUUAGCAUUCAUCACAGUCAGACAUGCAGUAAAUGACAAAUCUCUAAAAACGAGCCUCUAAUUGUCGCCAAAUCUCUUGCAAAAUAAGCCAUAGUAAAUUUAGCAGAUGCGGCUCCUUUCUGUGUUGAGUGAAUGGUAACUCUUUUCUCAUAGCUUUUUGUAUUUUCUGAACUGCACUUUGUUGAAUUGUCUGAAGGAAGUCCUCUGUUGUCUUGUAUUAAUUGAAAUAUUGAUAUAAAACACAUUUUGGUUUUAACUGCUGUCUAAUAACACACACACACACACACACACAAAUCUGGAAAUAAAAGACUUCAAAGAACCAGGUUGUCACAUUCAAAAACAGAAAUUAUUCUUGAAUCAUCCCGCUCCUUCAGGGAAACAGUCUUCUUGAAGCUCUGUGUGCUGCCCUCAUGGUGUGAUUGAGAGAAAAUGUUUGUUUUGUAAAAGUUUCAGACUUUGUACUUGUUGAGUUUGUAGAAGAAUAUGUUUUUUGCUUUCCCUGUUUUCUUCAACACAUGUAGCGCUAAAUGACACAAACAACAUGUAAAUAUCAUCAGAAAAGCUGUAGGAAAACGAUUUUCAAGCCUAUUUCUUCUUUUACCGACUGAUGCUUAAUAAAAGACGAUAAACUA